UCGGUUCACAAGUCGACCAAGUCGGGCUAGUGAACGAAGAACUGGAAGAGCGUUGGAAGUGGUGAAGUGCGUGCUCCCGUGUUGACGCAGUAACUUUCGAAGUUGUUUCGGCGAAACGAACGAAGUUCCUCAGACUUGCGGCCUCGGUGACACGGCACAGGCGUCGGCAUGAAACCAAAGACCCUGGAUGACCUGAAGGAGAAGCUACAGUUCCGGUCUUCGGGGAACAAACCGGACUCGUGGCCCGUGAGCUUUUUCCGAGACCUCACCAAGGCCUCGCCUGCCAAGCAGCUCACCGUGGGAGGCGUGUCUGGGUGGUGCGUUGGAUUUGUGUUCACGAAGGCCGGCAAGGUGGCUGCAACGGCCAUUGGAGGGAGCCUGCUGCUUUUCCAGAUAGCGCAGCACCAGGGCUAUGUGAAGGUGAACUGGACCCGGCUAAACAAGGACAUGCAGCAGGCCAAGAAUGAGCUUGCCAGGAGGGCCAACAGCAAGCUGCCCAGAAUCGUCGAGGAGGCAAGAAAGUUCGUCCAGGACAACAUCUUUCUUGCCACGGGCUUCCUGGGAGGAUUCCUCCUUGGCAUGGCCUCCUCCUGAUCUGCCUGCCUCCACGCUGCUCACGUGCGACACUCCUGUAGAUACUAAGACCCCUUCCCCAGCUGGUCGUCGUCUUUUCUUCUCACGUUUGGAUCUACUGGCAGAAAAUAUCUCUGCCCUUUCAAGUGAGGUGUCUUAGGACUCAUUUGGACGAAAACCAUAAACACGGAGGUAACACACACUGGAUGCUGUAUGCACGCCUCAGUGACUUGCUACAGUCUUCAAAGCGACGGACCUCGAUGCCGUUGCGUUGCCUGACACGACGGUCAAACAAUCGCAGGCACCCCAAAGAAGGCCACUUGUCUGCUUUUUCCCGGAGUGUGCAGAGAUCAAACCAUGGUGAGCUUACGAACCCAGUGAACGACAAUGCCCAGAAAAACAUGGACUUUCAACUUUAGUCCGUAUUGGAAUAGGUGUCGGGCCCAAUGUCGGUCGCAGUGCAGUAUUCCCUUUCUUUUUGGUCUCGUCAUUUGCUGGGCUCCCUCUGUAGGCUGGAAUGAAUCGCACUGCGUGCUAUGCAGGAAACUAGACUGGCAGCCCUUUUAGCUUUGCAUCUUUUUCCUGGAAAGAUAUGCGGAUACAGAUUCGAGCAAAAACAUAUAUGCGCAUGCCCAGGCUUUUGAACUGCACUCUCGCAGGCAGUUGUCACAGAACACGGCUAACCUUAGCCGUAUCUAAUAAACUGCAGGAUAAAUGUUCAGGUGAGGGACCUUGUAUAGACACUGCUAUGGUUCAGGUCCUUUCUUUUUGCGCCCAGAACAUGCCUGGAGUCUGCCGAUAACAGACUCGCAAAAGUAUGCCUUUGUGCUUUUUUUUUUAAUAUAAACAUAUAUACAUAAACAAGGUAGGGGAAUGUUGCUUAGUAUGAAAUUAUGAAAAAAGAAAGGAGCAGUGCUACAUUUUUAGCUAGCGGUGCAACGUUGGCCGUAAAUAAGCACUCUUUUGCAGCACUGUUCUGGUUUGAUGUACCUGCAAGCUACUGACAGGAUUGUCGAUGAACGGUUUAAUGUGUCCUGUGUUUAUGGCAGCCGUUUCAUCGUUCCUUAUUUACUGUGUAUUGCUGUAAACAAUAAAGUUUCAACAAGA